AUGCUUGCUCAAACCAUCUUCUCCAUUCUCGCCAUCGCCACUACUGGCCUCGCUGCUCCUGUUGAGCCCCGCAGCGACGACUACUUCGGCCCAGCCGAAAUCCACACCUACAACAUUAACAACGGAGCAAUUUACGACACAGACGAAGGUCGCGUGACCAAGGCCCCUGGCAACGGCGGUAACGACAUCACAACCCUCCUCACCUUCAAGUACCCCGAAGCAGCCAGGGGCAAGAAAUGCCAAUUCGCUUUCUACCUCGCUCCCGGCGAGAACGUCAUUGGUAGCAAGAAGCUUGAUCUCUACUCUAGCCUUGCACCCGCUCCUGGACCCCGUGCCGGCUGGGGCCCUGGUAACCAGCGCAAUGUCCACUUGGGACGCAUGGAUGUCAAGGUUGGAGGUUCUGCGACCUGGGAGGCUACUUAUGGGCCGUACAUGACACAGAAGACGGAUUGCAAGAAGCCUGGUACUGUUGAGGGGCUUGAGCUUGUUGGUGUCUACGAUCUUGAUGCUAUCUACUGGAACCCGGCUAAGUCUGGCCCUCGUAUUGUUAUCAGCUAG